CUGACAUUAUUAACCGUACAACAACAUGAAGUUGGCAGCACACACAAACACAUUGGGAAAAUCGCAUCGCAUUGCUUUAGCUCCGAUUUUCUAUGCCAGUGUUUUUGUUUACUUCAAAGUUAAAAAUUAUUUAUAAAAACAUAUAAAUAAUUUUAAAACCAAGCCAAAACCAUUUGCAAAACUUCGACGAUAAUUCCAUGUAAUCGCGUGAAUAGACUUUUGCAUAAAACGAGCCAGCAAUUUCGAUCGCAUAUAUUUCUAAGUAAAUGCAAAUGGGAAGUGUGGUGUUGUGUAUGUGUGCUUUGGAAGUUUGACCAUCGAAAAAAUAAAACGAGAGAAGAAAAAAAGAAAUACAUACAUCUAUACACAUAAUAAAAACGUAACUCGCAUUGAAAAAACGAGUAAAGCAAUCGUGCAAAAAGAGAAAACAUUAUAUAUAUACCCAAAAAAUAAACGGAAACAACCAAAAAAAAAAUAAUUGUCUGACAUCAAAAGAUCGCAGCGACCAAAUAAGCAAAACGAAAAAAGAGGAACGCAAACAUCUGAGUCCCCACAACCUCCAACACACAACGGGCGAAAGAGAAAAAUAAUCUCGGCUGAAGAUUAUUUUCCUGUUCGAACACCUUUUUUAUUUUUUGUUGUUGUUGUUAAUUGUAAAUGGCUAGUGGUAGUAGCAGCAGCGGUGAUAAUAGCAAAGAUUCAAGAUGGUAUUUCACAGUAGAACAAUUACAAAAUUCGCCAAGCAGAAGCCAAGGCAUCGACGCCGAAAAGGAAAUAGAUCUCAGACAACAAGCCGCUUACUUGAUUCAAGAAAUGGGACAACGGCUUCGAGUCAAUCAAUUAUGUAUAAAUACGGCUAUAGUUUAUAUGCAUAGGUUCUAUGCAUUUCAUUCGUUUACACAAUUUCAUCAAAAUGGAAUUGCGAUGGCUAGUUUGUUUCUAGCUGCAAAGGUGGAAGAGCAACCACGAAAGCUGGAGUCUGUAAUACAUGUCUCACAGGCAUGCAUACCAGGAGCAGCUGAAAACCAAACAAAGGAAUCCUAUGCUGAGCAAGCACAAGACUUAGUUUGCAAUGAAAAUAUACUGUUGCAAACAUUGGGUUUCGAUGUAGCCGUUGAUCAUCCUCACACGCAUGUUGUCAAAACAUGCCACCUAGUUAAAGCGUGUAAGGAUUUAGCCCAAACCUCAUAUUUUCUAGCAUCGAACAGCUUGCAUUUGACGACGAUGUGUCUGCAGUACAGGCCAACUGUAGUUGCGUGCUUCUGUAUAUAUCUCGCCUGCAAAUGGUCUCGAUGGGAGAUUCCACAGUCAACGGAAGGGAAGGAUUGGUUUUAUUAUGUCGAUAAGAAUGUCUCGAUGGAACUGCUAGAACAAUUAACGGAUGAAUUUAUAGCCAUUUAUGAACGAAGCCCGGCAAGACUAAAGAACAAAUUGAGUUCAACGAUAAAAGAUUUAACGACGAGUGCAAGAUCUAUAAUCAAUGCGCAAAGUGAAACACAUAGUUCAGGAUCACAGCAUCGAUCAUCUAGUCAUCAUAGAUCUUCGAGCCAUCACCAGGUCAAACCACAAUCUUCAAUGCAUUCAUCAGGUGAUCACAAAUCCUCCUCAUCGCACCAAAAAAUGCUUCAGCACUCGUCUUCAGCAUCGUCGUCGUCGAUGGGCACAGCGUCUGGAUCCAGUUCGAAUCGGCCGCACAAGAACGACCGUAACGAUCGAAAUGUGCCACCCGAUCGAGGCGAACGGCCAUUCUCGACUGGUGCACCGCAACGAUCCUCAAGUAGUAAUUCGAAUGGUCCGAUACCAGGUCGGAGUAGCAGUAGUAGUUCUAGUAGUGGUAUGCCAAAUAUACCAUCAAUGCGACAACAAUCAUCGCAACAGCAGCAACACGCACAGCAACAGUCGCGUCACAGCUCUAGCAGUUCAUCAAUGUCGUCGAUGCCGAACAAAUCUGACCAAAGGCACAUGUCCAAGGAACAUAAGUCACAUGCAGACAAACAUCUAGCUAUGAAACAUCCGCCAUCGAAAUCGAAUGUGACACAGCAGCACUUCAGUGGCUCUAGCAACAACAAUAACAAUAACAACAACAACGGCAGUCACAGCAGUAACAGUACAAUAACUCAACAAGAGCAACCAAGGUUAUCCGUCCAAAAUUCACAACUAAAACCACAACCGACUCUAAUGGAUAUAUCUUCCUAUGGGCUGAAUGAUGAUAUUAACACAAUGGAUUUGCUGAGCACAUCGCCGCCAAAAUCGAUGACAACGGGCAAGGCUCAUUCAAUAUUCAGUCCCGAAUGGAAUGAAAAGUCGAGUUCGAUGCCAAGCAAUAACGGUAGCAGUAUGCUAUCGGGCAUGGAUCAUGGUGCCAACGGUGGUUCGGAGAGUAUGAGUGCGAUGCCCAGUCUGAUUAGCCCGAAGAGAGAGUACGACAAGCGUGCAAUGUCAUCGAGCGAUAUGAUUAAGAAGGAGAAAAAAAUGGAACACAAUAAUUUAAUGGAACAACAACCGCCGCCGCCGCCGCCAUUGUCGUCGUCAUCCCAUAAAACGGAUAAAUCGAUGAAUAUAAAACGCGAACCAAUGUCAUUAUCAUCGGGAAUGCAGUACGAUGCCAAUUUACCUCAGAAUCUUCUAGAUAGUAAAGCCGUUAAACGCUCGUAUAAUGCAGAUCUCGGCCAAUUAGAUAGCAUUGAUUACCAGCAACGUGAAAUAAAAAUCCGAAAAACGGAACAAUUAUCACCCAUUCAAAAUGUUCCUGACCUGGCCAAAUCGAAAUCAUUCGCUUCACUGAACGGAAUUGAAUCGAAGCCAUUGGCAUCACCAAACUCCGACAAGUAUGGUAAAUUCGGUGAAAUGUCGGCUGACGAAGUGAGUACUUUGAUCAAGCAGGGUCUGCCCGCUCUGGAUAAAAAACCUAUAAAAACCGAACACAAUCUUAUGCAACCUGCUUACAAUAUGCCACCAAUGAUGGACGCGAGGGAUUCAAGCCAGCAACAUUCAAUAAAAACUGAAGACUUCGAUCGGUCACAAGUGGCAAAUCCGUUUCCAAACCAACAUUUACAAUAUCGAAUGGAUCCAAAUCGUAUGCAAAUACCACCGGUGAAUACAGUAAUGUCGCGUCAAUUGCAAACUCAACAGCAGCAACAGCAAUUCCUACAGAAAUCGCAACAGCAACCACAGCAGCCACCACCACCGCCACCAAUGCCAUCGACCAAAGGCAUUGCAGAGCAAUUCAAUGAACAACAACAACAAAAAAUGUCUCAACUGCAUCAAGAACAAAGCAAUCAGAAUGUUUAUGGUGCGCCCACAUUGCCGCCUCAGCUGCAAAUAAAAACUGAAGCCGAUCAACGAAUCAAGUCGGAGAAGAAGAAAAAGAAGGAGAAACAUAAAAACAAGGACAAGGAAAAGUCGAAGAAUCGAGAGGAGCGUAAAAAGCACAAGAAAGACAAGGAUCGACACAAGGAGAAGCGAGACAAAUCACAGCCAGACAGUCAUGAAUCAAGUCUUCAUGAUGCACCCAAAAUGCCCAUUCGCUUGAAAUUGAAUUUAUCGCAAACCGAUCAUCAAAGCAUUCACAACGACGGACCGGCAAGUGCAUUACAUCCGACGCAAGGCGAACAACUCAAAUUAAAAAUCGCUCGGGAUCGAAUAAAACCCGAACUCGAUAGCGGCGGCAAUGAAUCGAAAAAUCAAACCGUUUCAAUGGCGCCGACAUCAACACCUACCUCACUCAAAAUGAAAAUACCAAAGCAUGUUGUUGAAAAUAUCAAUAGCGGAGGUGCAAACAUCUACAAUAGCCAACAAAUGCAUUUGAACGAAAUGGGCCACACACAGAAUCCGAGUGGCAGUAGCGGUAGCAGUGGCAAGAAGAAAGAUCGAAAUCGUGAACGAGACAAAUCCAUGCGCAAUUCCAGCGGUAAUCUAUCCAAUCAGACAAAGAUUUAUUCACAAUACAAUGAACAAAUAACACCGCAACAAUCACAAAUGCAUAUACAGCAGCAACAGCAGCAACAGCAACAACAACAACAACAACAACAACAACAACAACAACAACAACAACAACAUAUGCAGCAGCAGCAGCAGCAGCAUAUUCAACAAAAGCAACAGCAACAAUACCACUCGCAGUCACAGUCCCAGGUACCGAUGCAAGCUCAGCAACUCCAACAGCCACAGUCGCAUUCGCAACCGCUAUUUAACCAAUCGGCAAUGUAUGAUAAUGCUCAAAUGUAUCAGGCUCAGAUGGCUCAGAAACAGCCAACGUCCUACGGUAGUCAGUUCGAUAAUUUUCUAGUUAAUCAAGGCUAUGCGCAAAACGCAUUACCACAAUAUCAGCAGCAAGCAAAUCAUGCGCAGAUGUUCGGAAAUCAUCAACACUACUCCUAUAAUAAGCAAAAUGCAAAUCAGCAAAAUAUUCGAAAUCAACCGAUCAAGUAUCGUGACAAAUAGGACACGAGAGUGGGAAAAUCCAAAAAGAAGCGAAGCUGAAAUUGAAUGCCGGCAUUAAAACACUACACAUACACACAAAUAAAUACCAUGGGGUCAAUACUUCAGAUCAUUUCAUUGUUUCCGCCAUUCGCACCCAUAUCACACAUUUAAUUGCAAUACUUCUAAAACAUGAUUAGUUGAAUCAAUUCCAUUUACAUACACACUGCAAAUUGUUUAAAUUGUAUUUUCCAUUGGCAAUUUAUGGUAUGGUUUAAUUCACAAAUUCUGUAUAUGCUACGUGAGACGAUCUGUUUUGCUUUUUUCUUCUUUUUUUUCGUACAAACAUUGCCUUUAAACCACCAAACCUGCUCCGAAAACCGUACACACACAUACAUACACGCCAAUCUGUUCUCAUUUGUUGAACAAUAUAAUGACGGAAACAAAAGAAUUAAAAUAAAAAGAAGCAAUAAACAUGUA